UUCCGAUAACUGUUGCUGGGACGGCUGCCUAUCGAUAACGCACGGACGGAGCAUAUGUUUCUGUUUCUGUUGCCGCAUUUUCGAUCUAGUUGUAUUUCAAUAAUAUUGACAUAGAUUCAAUGGAGUCGGCCCUGCAGAUGGAUGAUCCGGAGUCACGGGUGGGCCAGCCCUCGACCCUGGCGCUGGAGACUGCGGCUCUGGGAGAGGAACCCUCCAAACUCCUUUCCGGCGUGGUUGCUCUCAGCACCUGCCCGGGCACCACACCUGGCACCCCCCAGAGCAAAAAUCAAUUGAAGAAACAGCGUAAAAUGGCCGAGUACGCGGAGUUGCGGAAACUCCGGCGUGAAAAAGAGCGAGAGCGCAAUAAGCAGAAGAGGCGGGAGGCCAGAGCCCAGGGACUGCCCAUUCGGACGGGGCCUUCCCGCAAGGAACUGAAGAGGCGACAGGCCAUCACCGGGGCGGAUGGCACACCGGCCCUCAAGGUGGCCAUAGAUCUGGACUACGACGAGCUGAUGCAGGAACGGGACAUCGCCAAGUGCGUCAAGCAGUGCCUGCGAAUCUAUACCAUCAACCGGAGGAGCUCGCACCCCGGUGAACUGCACUUCUCCGGCAUUCGGCGGAAUGGCAAUAUCCACAAGUGGUUCAUGAAGAACGACGGCUGGGAGAACUGGAACGUGAAGUACCAUUUCGACAAGACGCACAGGGACCUCUUCGACCGGGAGCAUAUGGUCUACCUCACCUGCGAAUCGGAACUGGUGCUGGACAAGCUGCAGCCGGGCUGCACCUACAUAAUCGGCGGCUUGGUGGAUCACAACCACUUCAAGGGGCUGUGCCAUCAGAGGGCCACGGAGGCGGGUCUGAGAACAGCCCGCCUGCCGCUCAGUGAGCACGUCGACAUGAAAACCAGAUCCGUGCUCAGCACCUACCAUGUUUUUGAGCUUCUGACCAAGGUGGCGGCUGGCCAGGACUGGACCACAGCCAUUCUAGAGACAAUUCCCGUAAGGAAAGGGGCCAAGGCGAAGGACAGAGCAGAGGACGCGGAGUCCGAGCCAAAGCAGCUCGAGGAUGAGCCCGAAUCCCGGGAUCCGGACAUUGAUUCCCAGCCCUCAGAGUCGAUAAGCGCGGAAUCCGAACCUCCCUCGGGGCUAGACAGUUGACCCGCGUGUGGUUUGCAAUUCGAGGUCUUUUUGAUUUUUAUUUUAGUUUCUCUUGUUUUUAUAAAAUCACAUUUAGUUUUGUUUCGCAAAUUAAAAUACAACUUAAAAUAUAUAGCGCAAAAAAUAAUAAUUAGAAUUAAAAGUGGAUUAUUUGAUUGCUGUUAUGUUCUAGAACGUGCGCCCGUUCCCGGCGACAAAAGUCGCGGGUGAAACGCUAGCUUCUUCCAAUUUCUGAUCUCUGUUGGUUUCAUCUUUUGUGGUUUUAUGUUUUGUGCACGUCAUAUGGCGGUUGGGG